CGAGUGGCCCCGACGACCCUACCGCUUCGAUGGAAGACGCCACAGCGAUACAGUCAUCGAUAACCUUUGCUGUGAGGACGCCUGCGAGUGCCGUAGAGCAGAAGCACCGGUCUUAUCGCAGGAGAGCGCGACAAUGGGCGCCCCGGGGUGACGUCUUCGACCCCGCGUUGUUCUGCCCCUCAGGGAACCCGCGCGCCCGCGGGGUACAUCCAUCAGAUAUGAUCGCUCUCCGCAUUCUCCCCCUCACAAUCCCGCUACUGCAUAUGCCGGCUCAAAAUGCCGCCUGGCUAUAAAACCGCGCGAGCAUCCUGAGUCCCGGUGCGAAGUCUCCGUCCUUCACCCCCGUCCCCCUUCCCCUUCCCCUUCCCGGGUGCUUCUUCAGCGACUUCGAGCGCUUCCCCGGUUUGUACCCCACCCCCCACAUUUACCUCCACGAUCGGACGGCCGCACGAUGAGGACGACUUUGAAGGGCAAGAAGCUCGUGUGGAUUAUCAACCUCGUUGCCGGGUUGGCGAUCUUCUUCUUCGGAUAUGACCAAGGGAUGAUGGGAGGCGUGAACACCUCCCCACACUAUGUCGAGACUAUGGGCCUCGGGUACAAGACGUACGAGGGAAAGUCUGAAGGCUGGGUUGCCACCGUCACGAACUCUUCGAGACAGGGAGGCAUUGUAUCGAUCUACUACUUGGGCACGCUGAUUGGCUGCAUCAUCGCCGGUGUCCUGGGUGACCGUAUCGGACGUAUCAAGACUAUGCUUCACGGUUGCGCCUGGGUCGUUCUUGGUGCCGCCUUGCAAUGCUCCGCACAGAAUCUGGCAUGGAUGCUGUGCGCUCGCGUUAUCAACGGCAUUGGCACGGGCUACCUGAAUGCAAUUGUUCCUGUCUGGUCUGCGGAGGUGGCGAAUCACAAGUCACGAGGAGCCUUCAUCGCGAUGGAAUUCACUCUGAACAUCUUUGGUGUCGUGGUGGCAUACUGGCUCGAGUUCGCCCUAGGCUUUGUCGGCGACGGUGACACCCAAGUCCGCUGGAGGUUCCCCAUUGCAUUCCAGAUCGUGCCGCUUGUCAUGUUCAUGAUCUGCCUCUGGUGGAUGCCCGAGUCCCCCCGCUGGCUCGUCAAGGUCGGCCGCGUCGACGAGGCGCGCCUUAUCCUCGAGCACCUCCGCUCCGAAGAGACCGACCCCGAGCUGCACAGCGCCGAGCAGGAGCUCGCCGCCAUCGUCGACGUCGUCCAGCUCGAGCAGAAGCACAGCAAGAUGAACUCGUACUGGAACAUGUUCUUCUCCAUCGGCGACGGCGACCUGCAUAUCUCGCGCCGGAUUAAUUUGGCGGUGUGGUUGCAGAUUCUGCAGGAGUGGUCGGGGAUUGCGGCGAUCACGGUGUACGCGCCGACGAUCUUUGCGCAGGCGGGGUAUGAUGCGCGGAAGACGCAGUGGAUUUCGGGGGUUAACAAUAUCACCUACAUGUUUUCGACGUUGCUCGCUGUGGUGACGAUCGACCGCUUCGGUCGCCGGAUGGGCCUGUACUGGGGCUGCGUCGGCCAGGGUAUCGCCUUGAUUCUUGCUGGUGCUCUCGCGCGCCUCCUCAAGGACAACCCGGACAAGGCCACCGAGUACGGCGCGGCGACGACCUUCUUCGUGUUCAUGUACACCGCCGUGUUUGGCGCGACGUGGCUGACGAUUCCUUGGGUGUACCCGACCGAGAUCUUCCCGCUCGAGGUGCGCGCCAAGGGUAACGCCUUCGGUGUCAUGGGCUGGUCCAUCGGUAACGGCUGGCUCAUGAUGUUGACGCCUGUCAUGCUGUCCUCCAUCGGCGAGAACGCCCUCCACAUCUUCGGCGCCGUCAACUUCCUCUGCAUCCCCGUCGUCUACGCGCUCUACCCCGAGACCGCGAACCGGACGCUGGAGGAGAUGGACAUGCUGUUCGCGUCGAAGAGCAUGUGGACGUGGAACGAGGAGAAGCACUUUGCGAAGCUGAAGGCGCAGGUGGCGAGCGGGAAGGCGACGAUGGCGGAGGCUGUCGAGACGGCGGGCGAGGGCGCGGCAGAUCGGAUGGAGGACGAUGUGGAUGUGAAGGAGACGAAGGCAUGACAUGGCUAGCGAGGGGAAAGCUACCCGCGGCCGAUGAAGGAGAUGUACUUCACGAAAAUUCCUAUGUGUAUUGACGAUUCGUGUAUUUCUGUACUUUAGCCAGCCUGCGGGGCAAUGAUCUAUCGCCAUCUUUAGGUGGGCAAUGGAUGCUGGCGUCGAA